CCUACCGACAACUUCCAGCAUUUGUUUUCAUUCUUUUCCCAUGACUAGCCGGCUUCAUCGCAUGCUGUGACUCAGUAUCGACAGAAACUAUAACCUAUACGGCUGCCAGAACGAGGUGGUGGAGAUUUCCACUUCGAGCUAAUCAUGCACCAGUUCUGUGUUCUCUGUGGAGUCAUCCUUGUGCCAUGCCCAUCUUCGCUACCAGGUGACCCUCCUAAGCGACUAGACUGGAAGCAAGAAAUCCGUGCAGUCACGUCUCAUGGAGGAUUGUCAAGAGUGACCCUCACCGGUGUUGGCUAUCUCGAUGCAAGCGCUCUUUUGGCUAGCAGCGACCAUGAUACAUCAUAUAUGAGCCCAGAACAUGAAUUGACAUUGCAUUACUUGAACUAUUCGCCACCGACUGGGACAUGGACAUUUGCUUUUCACGAAGCCUGCUGGCAGCUGUUACUCCGAAAGGUUUCCUUGUCGAAAGAAAACCAGGCUGAUCCGCAACGUAUCGCAGAACUUCUAUUCCGGCUUCUCUACUGUCUCCCGUAUGACCGCUUCAAAGUUCCUUGCCCGAACCAUGACUUUGGUGGUGCCCUGAAGUUCUGGAAGUCACCUUUGAUUCUGCCUGAGUCCUGGAACUUUCUCCUAGCCGAUCCUAGCACGCUCACUUUUGGUUCUGCAACCCAGGCAAUUAAAGAUGUUUUUGAACUGCCUCACACCACACCUGACUUUCAGCCUUCUGACGAUAUAUUCGCAAGGCUUUCACCUGAAAUUGUGCAUUUGGUUAUCACCAUGAUGGAAUCAACAGACCUUUGCAACUUGCGACUUUCCUCAAAGUUCGUGUCGAAGCUGACCAGUCCUGACCAUCUCUCGCAGGACUUCUGGAAAAGUCGCUUUUCGGUCGACAGAGAGAUGGGGUUCUUCCCCUCCGAGAACAAGCUUUGCUUGCCAUCUAACUCCAAGGUCAACUGGCGCACACUUUACUUUGACUUGAAGUGUAGCUUAAGCGGCGAGACGGGAACUGGUCACAUGCGCAACCGCCGCCGAAUUUGGCUCUGCCUCGAUGUUGUGGCUCGCUCUUUGAUAUCACUUCUUGACCAGAACCUGUGUCUUCAAGACCGCCAAAGCGUUGAGCAGGAUGUAAUUUCACAACGUUACGAGCCUGGACAAUUUAUACAGACCCCGAUUAUAGAAGAUGCUCAUGAUUAUUCUCCCAGCGACAUAGGCGCACGACUAUUUGGUUUUCAAUGCAUCAUUUUCCUACCCCAAAACCCGGAUAUCGGCUCGAGGAUAUCCCUGUCACGCAUACUAUUUGACGGUAUAUAUUACAUAUCUGGCUUAAGACUCUCCGAACAGAGUGAAGUGAACGGCUUCAAAGAGAUUACUAGUGUUGGCUAUAUUGUGCCUCAGACAGAAAUUCAUGUACCUUUCGGUCCAAACCAUCGCUUGACCGGGAUGCGGGUCGCUGCCUCUGCAAGCGGUAUAGUUGGUCUUAGUUUUCGCAUCGACAACGGGACUGAUGCCAUCGUUUGGAAAAACAUUGGUGUUGUUACUGAUCCUCCUGACGGUGUUGGGGUAGCAACUUUGGAGCCGAAAAUUGAUUCCCAGUUGUGUGGAGCAAUAAUCGGUUUCGAUGCAUGCAAAUCUGUCUCAUUUCAGGUUCUUGAAGAAGCAAUUCAAAUCGCAAACAUGCAAGUUGCGGCAACGAAAACAGCAGGUUCUAUGUCUGGGCUGUGGCAUCCUACCGAACCAGACACUUCCGUGCAUGGAGUCAUUCAUCCCUCUACACCCAACCAUCAGCAGACCAUUGACCCAUUAUAUGUCUUGAAUUUGGGCUUUGGGGGGCCUGGAGGAACCCUUAUUUCACGUCUCAGCCGAAUCACCGCUUUACACGAUGACGAGCACGGCUCCUUCAGAGGUUUUGCAUUUUCCUAUGUGGGUGGUCGUACAAGGAGUUACGGUACGAGGACGGUCAUAAAUACCACAAGCGAUCGCUCUACUUGUAUAGAGCAAUCCUUUUCUAUAGACGGACCAGGGGGCGAGAGAAUCGUUUCACUGGACCAUGACCGGACUUUGGAAUUUCGACGUACGUGUCUAUCCUUGGGUGACCAAGUCGCGCAAUCAUGGCAAACAAUCAUCCCGCCUUCAGGGAUGCCCAUUUCCGCAAUACUUGCCAGAGCUCAGCUGCGUUCAGGAGCACUUCAAUCACUGGGCGUACAGUACGUUACUCAUUUAGCUGCUAACCUCUCGCAAAUACCCUUCACAGAUACCAAUAUGGAAAACAGUAAUCCACAUAGUUUCCCAAUGAGUAAAGAUGGAUUGGAAAAGGCACCUGGUUCUCUUAGGCGCUCCGAGGGCUGCUUUACCUCAGUCAUGCUAUCUGGAAUACGACGCAUAGGUGUGUCAAGAGGUCUGCCAGGACGAACAAGGGGGCUUGAUCAUGUUGCCGGACUCUGCUUCGAGUUCUGGGAUUCAGCUCAUCCUGUUUACAUUGGCCAGUGGUAUUGUGAAGUCGGCUACCUUUCAGUAAAGCAAGGCGAAAGGAUAUGUAGCUUCACUUUCUGGCAGCAGCAAGAAUCUUUGCCAGGCAACAAUUCGAGAGAGAACGCAGGCAGGAUCACAGGUAUCAAGAUCACCAAAACAGGGCUUGGACAACAAGACAUGGAAGUUGUCCUUGGCGACAAACAAGAGAUGCUCUCGUACUCUUUUGUGGAGAAUCCCUACGAGCACCUGAUGGGCCUAGUCUGGAUUUUCAAUCGCGAAUGCGAUUACACCUACGUCCUCACAAAACCGUCGGAGCACUUCCCACGGACUUCUCUGACCUUGAACAGCAUGAUGCGCAUCUGGCCAAACAGCCGCGCACCAUACAAACUGACUUGGCAGGUUGAGGACGAUGAAGGUAACUUAUGCACAGUCUCGCGGAUUCAUGCUGUCUUUUGCCCCAACUCUGGAAAGCUCUCCGGUUUCGUCUUAGACUAUGGCACUGUCCAGAUAUCCAGGACUGCAGGGUCCGCUGAUGGCGUCAAGUCGUCUUUUAGUCUUGGGAGCGAGGAAUGGAUAACCCGCAUGGACUUACAGCUUUGGAAAGACGAGAGUGAUGUAGUGUUCCAUACAAGUGCUGGCCGGGUAUACUCCCUGUCCCCUUCUGGUUCGUGCGAUCAACCACGACAGAAAGAUCCAGCAGAUUACGAAGUCUUCAAAUUCAACCAUCUUGGAUGUAGCAGGACAUGCUCACAGGGAUGCCUGGACGGGAGUUCAGAGUCCAGUGAUGAGUGCGUCGGAAUAUGGGUGACGAUGAAAUGGUGGCCUCGAUAUGCAAAUAUCGUCGAAGCGGCUGGUCCUAUCACUAUUUCAAGAGGCGAGGGUCGAUAAUAAGGUAUCUAAUCCGCUGUUGGGGAACUGUUUCUGGGGUAGCUAUUUUGCCAGCUCGAGAAACGCAAAAGCAAGC